GGAAACCAGGAUCCCUGGCUCAUCAGGUCCAAGACCUUUGUGUGGCUUGCUUUCUUAAUGCACUUCUGCAAAGCUGCUCAGGGGGUUCAAGUCCAAAUACCAUGUAUUUUAAAAUUUGCAGUCAGUUCUAUGGAGCUGACUUCUUGUAUCAGCAGCCUAGGGAGUGAGAGAUCAUAUCUUAUUGUAUCAACAACUAUAGGAGUGAGUGAGAGGUGCUUCUUGCUUGCUCUCUUGAAGAGCCCUCUCCUAUUAUUGGGAGGCCUCUGCUAACACCUAUUUAUCAAGCUAGUCUGGUGCCUGUGGAUGGUUGUGGCUUGGUUUUGUUCUUUUGGUUGAAGCCACAGUCAGCAUCUUUUCUGUUUUAAAGGGUUGAGGGAGGAUGAGCUUGGGAGAAUAAUCCUUUGUUUUAAUAACCCUUUAGAAGCUCCAUGCUGAAAUUGUUACUGCAUUUUACUAUGCCUCCUACAGAGCCUGCUGGAUUUUUGAUGAGGCCUUUGUGUUGCUUUAGGGAUGACAGGAACUCUUAUCCUUUAAGAAGCUUUUUUCCUAACAUCUUUGAAGCACUGGUCAAGCUGGCAAAGGGGAUGCCUAACUAAAAUGGACCCCUGAUCUGUGGUGCUUUUGGGCCACUCUGGUUCCUGGCCCUUUAUCUUUUUUUUUUUCCCUUCAGGAGACGGCAUAGAUUUUUAUUUUAUUAUUUCAUUUUUUUUCCAAUGCAAGUGAGGAGACCUUUUAAUUUUCCUAUCCUGUUAAACUGUAUAUAAUACAUGUCCCUUUUUCAGGUAGUUCAUAUUACUCUAUGCUUUCCUUUUAAAAAUGCACUUAUUUGUCUACCAGUUGAGUAUUGCCCUAAUCCCAGAGAGUAAUGGUUGGUCUCUAGUGAUAUGAGUCCAGGUCAGAGCUUGUGACUGAGCUAGAGAUAAGAAGUCCUGUGUCCAAGCUGCUGCUGUACGUGGAGUUUGCUGGGGUUUCAAGCCGACCCCAGUCAAUGGCUGUGUUCCCUGUUGUUUUUUUGUUUUUUAACUGGCAUUAGCAAGUUGGUCUCAUGCAGUUGUCAUGCUCAUGCUUGUGUGUGUUUAAAGGGAUCCAUUUGCUGUCCUUCUCUCUGAAAGUCACUGAAACCUUCCAUCCCAGGUACCAAGCCCUGCGUAUGCAGGAGUUUGGUGAGUCUGAGCUGGGCUUUCAGAAACUUGCCUGUGCACUUCUUCAGCAUUUUUCUAUUUUCUGUUAAUUUCGAUGAGUUCCCAGUGACCUGACAAAACUCUUCACAGUUCAAUAACUCCUGGAAUCAAAGCUCAAAAGCCUGGAGGUGCUCAUGGCAGGAAAAGCAAUUGCUCACUGCCUCUACUCGCCUCCACGGUCAUUUGUGUAAUAGGUUAGACCUGAAGGAAUUAACUUGGGACAUCUUGAGUUGGCCGAUUUUGUGGUAUUUGGGAGCUGCGAUGAUUGUAGUCCUGGAAAUAAACUGCCAUAACUUACAUAAUCAAAAUAAUAUAUAUAUCUUAGUGUGGAAUUUUUAUUUUCAUCUCUCUGAUAGCUCAGUCUUUAAAAAGUUAAAAAGACACCAGGUAUUACAAUGAACGUUGCUUGCUUAUUUUUUCCUUGUCCCUACUAAAGUUGGAUAGGUAUGUUCUCCUGGCUAGUGUCCCUUUCUGCCUUCUCAAGAUCUAAACUAGUACUCCUGUCUUCCCAGCCUUUUGGCAAAAGGCUUCCAUUUUAACUCCAUCCUCCAUACAAAAAUGAGAAGGGGGGAAAGGAAAAAGGAUGGGGGGGCAGCUGCUGGCAACCUAAGUGCUUGGGUUGACUUCCUCUUGAGAGCUUCAAUUAAACCUGUUUUGCAAACUGAGAGGAAUGUGGUGCAUACAUAUGUGUUUGAGCAGAGCAGUGGUAGGCUUAUCUGCCUCUGACUAAGCUGCCAAUUAAAAACUGGCUGUGUGACUUCCCUGUUGAUUGGAGCAAAAGUUGGUGGAAAUGUGCUUGUUUUUAAGGUGGCUCUAGGCUUCUUUUCUUCUCCCCUCCCUUCCAUGUGGAAGAAUGACCCACUUUGGGGAGCUUGUUGUUUCACAGACAAAUGUUCUGUUUGUGAAUCAGUCUAAAAUAGAGAAUCGCAGUGUUGUGGUUUCACACUGUGCCUUUGUGGGGAUUUUUGGUUUUGUUUUCAGAAACCUCCUUGUCAGAGAGGGGAAAAGGAUUCUUUCAGCUUCACCAAGAUUGUUGGGAUCCUAAUCUUGUCUGUGUGCGUGUCACUUGUAUCUUUUAAUACACUGCCCUAACUUGCUUGCUGUGAAGGGAGUAUGCAUCUGGAGAUCAAAGUUGCUCUGAACUUCAUCAUCUCAUACCUGUACAACAAGCUUCCCCGGAGGCGGGCAGACCUGUUUGGUGAAGAACUAGAGCGCCUGCUGAAAAAGAAAUAUGAGGGCCACUGGUACCCAGAAAAGCCGUUGAAGGGUUCUGGCUACCGCUGUGUCCACAUUGGGGAGACAGUUGACCCAGUGGUGGAGCUGGCAGCCAAGAGGAGCGGACUGGCUGUGGAGGAUGUGCGGGCCAAUGUGCCUGAAGAACUGAGUGUCUGGAUUGACCCUUUUGAGGUUUCUUACCAGAUUGGUGAGAAGGGGUCUGUCAAGGUCCUGUAUCUGGAUGACAGUGAGGGCUGCAGCGCAGCUGAGCUGGACAAAGAAAUCAAGAGCAGCUUCAACCCAGAUGCCCAGGUGUUUGUUCCCAUUGGUAGCCAGGAUAACUCCCUGUCCAACUCUCCUUCCCCGUCCUUUGGCCAGUCGCCCAGCCCUACCUUCAUCCCCCGCUCUGCCCAGCCCAUCAUCUUCACCACUGCCACCUUCGCUGCCACAAAGUUUGGCUCUACCAAGAUGAAGAAGGGUGGAGGAGCUGGGGGAGGUGGAGGGGGAGCAGGAGCUCAACAGCAGCAAAGGAUGGCCAGGUCACCCACCAACAACCUGCUGAAGCACAAGGGCCUCUCCCUUUCUAUGCAUUCUCUGAACUUCGUCGGGAGCAGCGGGAGUCAAGCAUCCCAGUCGCAGCUCUCCCCCAAUGCCAAGGAGUUCGUUUACAGCGGCGGGUCCCCUGGAGCCAGCAGCCUUUUCUUUGACGGCGUCGCCAGUGAAAACCAAGCAUCCCAGUUCAGUGCCAGCACCAGCGGCAGCAGCAGCUUUGACAUGCCUCAGGUCUUUGGUGGCAGCACCAACAGCCUCUUCCUGGAGAAGUCGCCCUUCGUGGAAGGACUCAGCUACAACCUGAAUGCCAUGCAGUAUCCCAGCCAGUCGUUCCAGCCUGUGGUCCUGGCCAACUGAACAUGAAGAAGGAGAGUAUUUGAGAAAACAAGAAUUAAAACAAAAAAAAGUGAAAAGAAAAAAGAAGAGAAACAUGGAAAAAUAGAAAUAUACAAACCAUAUUUGAAAUCUUAUAAAUACAGCUUCUUGGAAAGAGAGAGAACCUUGGAGUCGUUGGGCUGUGUGGGGCAGCGCUCCUGAAGCACUGAUUUUUGAUUUUUUUUUUUUUGAUUUAUUUUUUUUAUUUUAUUUUAUUUUUUUUAUUAUUAUUUUUUUUAAACUUGAUUCCCAUGUGUUUUCCUACCCCUUUUACUUCAAUGAGGUUUUGGGGGGUUUUGGCCCAGAGAUGGGAGGAUAAAGUGACCUUUGUUCUCACCAAGAACCUCCUUGGACCCCGAUGUAAAGAUGGCUUUGUCCUGGGCAUUCUUUUGUCCACUGGGCAGCAGGCCACCUUGUUGGGGGCAAGUGAGGAGGAGAGGAUGGGUUCCUUUUUUGUGCAGUUUCAUUGUGUGCUGCUCAAAUGUGCAUAGUUAGGGCUUGCUUGUCUAUGUGAUUAUAGCUGCAUCCCUGUGAACAGCUAAGGUCAGUGAACCCAGUCUCCCUUCAGCCCCUAGGGUUUAGACUGCCAUGCCACUAUUGCGCAAAGCCCUUCAAAACAGGUUGGCAUCAGCAGUGCCAUUGCCAUUUGAAAAGAGAUUCCCCCAGCCAUUUUCCCUUUCCCAUCUCGGCAAAUGAGGAGGAGGGCAGGGCAUUACUACAAGGUAGCUGCAUUCUGCUGUCUUCCCUGCCUGCACUUUGUCUCCUGUGAAAGCUGCAGAAAAAACCCCCAGCACUUUGUAAGCCCAGAGACUUCAUUUCUGAUUCCCCCCCUUCCCCAGGCCUAAAGGGUCCUGCUUGAGGUGCCUCUCCAGCUUGGUCAGAGCCAGUGUCAGUUCAGACAGCCCUGUUAUGUAAACACUAUGCUAGCUGCACCCACUGCUGCCAUAUGGAAAGAGCUAUUGGUCUGCCUGUAUUGGACUUCUGCUUCUGCAGACAGGGUUGUAUGUGCUGCAUCUCCCACUGUGACAAGCUCUUUCCUACCAAUUAGAGCAGCAUCCACAGAUGUUAGUUUGGAGUGGUCUCCAAACAGGUCCUGGCUUCUGAACACUUAUUCAUAGCUGCAAGUUGACAUUGCUUCUGGAUCUUGUAGGGAGGAAGACUUUUUAUUGAGGAGGCAGCACCACUUUCUGAGAGCAGUGAGAGCCACGUAGCCCAAGCAGCAUCCUGAUCUGCUAGCCUGAAAGCCUGCACUUUUAGUUUUUAAAAAAACCUAACCAAUUCCCCCUCUGCUUUCCUUUGGAAAAGUUAAGAGGGGGCAAGUGAUCUGGCACAGUGCCCAGUGUGACCUGAUCGUUCCAGAGAUGCACGGGGCAGAGAGGCUCGUUCACUGCAGUGCAGACUAGCACUCCUGUGACUAAAGGCACUUACCCCAGGACAUGUUUUUUUAGAGUAAGCCUCCUUUUCUUCAUUGUGAGGGACAGAGCUAAGAAUCUUAGGGCUGGCCACCCUGUACUUCUCUCCACAUAUGAAGUGCUAGAGUGAGGGGUAAUAAAGUAAUGGCCAGCAGUUGUCCAUUUUGGCAUCUGGGAUUCCAGAGCCUGCUCCCAUGGUGUGCGGAGACCCAUCUCCCCAGAUAAAGCACAGCUAUGUGUUUCAGGGCAGAUUCCAGGGGUACAAGGGCUGUCUGGGGUUGGGGACUUACAAAGAGGGAAGACCUUCUUCCCCAGAGAUCAGUGUGGAGGCUAGAAAAAAAAAGGGGAAGAGAUUUGAAGCUGCUCAUACUGCUGGCUUUGGACUCCCCUCCAACCCUGUCCCCUCUCCCUUCCUUUUUUUUUUUUUUUUUUUAAACUUGUUCUGCUGCCUCCCACCUUUUAGUUUUUAAAUCCAUCUCUGGAGCUCCUGAGAUCUGGUUUUUGAGUUGCUCAUCUUAAAGAUCCAGUUUACUCUUCUUGCUGAUAAUCAGAGAAGCCACAAAAAGAGUUUUUUAACUCCCUUUCAUUCCCCAGUGCCUCCCAAAGCCCUCUCCCAAGCAAAGCUGAGAGUGCCUCAGCUCUCAUGUCAUGAAUGAGUCUUGACUGGUGUUUUACCCUGUCCUGCCAAGUGGGACACCACCCUGGUCUCCUUCAGGAGUUUGUCUCUAAAUGUUAACCCCCACUCCCCUGUUGGAUUACUGGAAAGGGUACUCUUGUAAAUCCUAGAACCCGCUUCCAAAGCAGGCUGUUUGCUGACAGUUAGUGAUGACCCACAUUGGUGGGUGGGCAGGUAAGGAGGGAGGAGCCAAGGGCAGCUGUCCCCAAGCAGUCUGUCCCAGCACAACGCAUGAAACCUCAAGGGUUGAAGAUGCAAAGCAAGAACAGGACACUUGGGACCUGUUUAGCUGAUCCUUUUCCUACCAACAUUUCCACUGCCAUUCAGUUCCUCCCUUAUGAGCAAAUCGUGGACUGCCAACCUGUUGCACUGGACUAAAUGCUUUCUCCCUGACACAGGGGACCUGCUGGCUUCCUGGUUCAGUAAAAUCUCCUUUGUUGAGUCCACCACCAUCAUCUACCCCCAGCAAAAUGCUGCCAUGAGCCACUGCCUGGGUGGGAUUGCAUGCCUUAGUGUAGGAAAGGAGGGGGGAGAUGGAACGUUGCUAGCCACCCGCUGUGUGCGUGAAGCUUUGCUGCUUUGCCCUGCUUUAUGUACUGUAAUUGCUUUAAAAAUAGCGCAAACACGGGGAAGAGAAGGGGAGGGACCAACCUCUUUGUAACUUAAAGGAAAAAAAAUGUGCUUCAGAAGCGUUUCUCCAGCACUGGCAGCAACGGAACAAAUGACCAUUUUGGGUCUUUUUCUAGUCUUGGAUUAGGCGUUCGGCUUCAAUUUUAUUUUUUAAACUCUGCACUAAUUUACCUGGUUUCUUAGGAAGAGAGAGAGAGUUUUUUUUUUAACUUUUAUUUUUUAUGGGUUUGUGUUCUUUUUGUUGAUGUCCGUUUGUAUUGAAUAAUUUGCUACAUUUGUAAAAUGUAAGAGGUAUAUAUAAUAUAUGUAUAUUUCUAACGUAAAAAAAUGUAAUUUUUCUUUUCAAGAUUUUUUCUUAAAAAGAGGAGAGAAAAAAAAUAUUUUUUCAGGAAAAAAAACUUUAAAAAAGAAGCAGUGAAAAUUCCUUUCUCCCCCCUCAUCUCCCUCCUUCCCUUCCCAACCCCUUCUGAAGAGCAAAACAACAACUAUGUGAUUGCAUGAAAAGAAAAUGAGUGAACUCAAAGAGGAGAGAAUUUCGGCCAUUCCUUGAUGGAGAGGGUUCCUCUAUUCUGUUUUUUGUUCCUUUAUGAGAAGGGGCCUACUGAGAAGGGGGAUCAGGGGGCUGCUGUUUUUUUCUUUAGCGAAGGAGGAAUACAAUCAGAGUUUUGUAUUCAGAACGUUGUGCAAUAUUUUGGAAUGGGACAUUGGCGUGUCUAGAGAUUUAGUUAAAAACAAAACAAAAAAGGUUGAUCAAAUCUGUACAGUUUCUAUUGUUCCAGAUUUUUUUAAGUUUGUAUUAAAAGCAUGAUAUAAUA